AUGUAUCCUAUUGAGUAUGGUCAAGAAAUCCUAACCCCUUUCGUAACUCAGUCUCCUAAUCCUAACCCGAACCCGCCUCUACUCGGAUCUUCCCCACCCUCCCCACCCGACUCAUCAUCUUCAUCAUCACCAAACCCAUUUGUUCCGAUCACCCUAACUCCUCCGGCGCCGAUCGUAAACCCGAGUUCUCUUCCGCCUCCGUCUAAUCUGAAUCCUCCGCAGCAAUUUCCAUCUCCUCCUCUGGUAUCAGAUUUAAUCGCCGCACUGCCUCCACCUGCACCGUCACAGACAACAAUCGCGCCGCCACCUCCAGCGAUAGCAAUGAUGAUUCGAGCGGCUAGGGUUUUGGCGAUCUUUAGGCGAUUUGAGAUCUGA